CAGCAGGACAGAGAGAAGAAAAUUCAGGAGAAUUCUCCUGAGGGCAAGAGCCUAGCGGGGCCAUGUAAUCAAUGUAGGACAUCAGCAAACACAGAUAACAGGAAAUGAUCCAUUCCCUGUGGUCACUUAUUCUAAAGACCCAAACCUUCAAAGCACAAGGAGUGAAAUGGAUGACUCCACAGAAGGGGAGCAGUCACGCCUUUCUUCUUGUCUUAAGGGAAGAGAAGAAAUGAAAGUGAAGGAGUGUGUCUCCAUCCUCCCCCAGAAGGAAAGUCCCUCUGUCCGAUUCUCCAGAGAUGGAACGCUGCUGGCCGUAACCUUGCUGCUGGCCCUGAUGUCCUGCUGCCUCACGGUGGUGUCUUUCUGCAGGGUGGCUACCCUGCAAGCAGAGCUGGGGAACCUCCGGGAGGAACUGCGGGGGCACCCAGCUGAGCGGCUGCCAGGUCUCCCCCAGGCAGGAGCAGCAGCCCCCAGGGCAGCUGCGCAGGAGGCUCCAGCUGCCACCGCUGCACUCAAAGGCAUCCUUGCAGCACCAGCUUUAGGAAACAGCAACUCCAGUCAAAGCAGGAGGAAUAAGCGUGCCACUCAGGGUCCAGAAGAAACAGUCACUCAAGACUGCUUGCAACUGAUUGCAGAUAGUGACACACCGACUAUACGAAAAGGAGCCUACACGUUUGUUCCAUGGCUUCUCAGCUUUAAAAGAGGAAGAGCCCUAGAAGAAAAAGAAAAUAAGAUAUUGGUCAAAGAAACCGGUUACUUCUUUAUAUAUAGUCAGGUUCUGUACACCGAUAACACCUUUGCCAUGGGACACCUAAUACAGAGGAAAAAAGUCCAUGUCUUUGGGGAUGAAUUGAGUCUGGUGACUUUGUUCCGAUGUAUUCAAAAUAUGCCUGAAACACUGCCCAAUAAUUCCUGUUAUUCCGCUGGCAUUGCAAAGCUGGAAGAAGGAGAUGAACUCCAACUUGCAAUACCACGCGAAGAUGCUAAAAUAUCACGGGAUGGUGAUGGCACUUUUUUUGGUGCAUUGAAACUUCUGUGACCUACUUACACCUUUUUUUGUGGCUAUUUUCCUCCCUUUCUAUGUACCUCUAAGGAGAAAAUACUUAACUGGAAAUGCCAAAA